AUGCCUGUGCCUGCUUCUUGCACCCCCUCCCCCCAGAAGGGGGCCGGGCUUUGGUGGGAGGGCCGCCCGCACCACGGGGGCGAGGACGCCGCGAACGCGGCGGCGCGGGCGCCCUGGCGAGCUUGCUCGCUGGCGCCCAAAAUACUUGUUUUUGCUGUUGUUGCUGUUGUUGUUGUUGUUGUUGUUGUUGUUGUUGUUGUUGUUGUUGUUGUUGUUGUUGUUCUUGUUAUUGUUAUUGUUAUUGUUAUUGUUCUUGUUAUUGUUCUUGUUUUUUUUCUGGCGCUCUACGCUGCCCGCAACUUCUGUUUAGUUUGCAUCUCGAGGCGCAGCGUUUGCGCUGAAUGA